AUGGGCGGCCAAGCGCCCGCCAAGAUGGCGGCCUGCGGGGCGGCGGGGCCCGCGGGCGGGGGCUGGCUGCAGGCGGUGCGGGGCGCCGGGAGCCCCCCCAGCGACCCUCUGCUGCAGCCCUAUUUCCCCUCCCAGCACGGCCCUCGGCACCACCACAGGUACGUCAGAGACUGUCAGCCCAUCAAGUAUGGCAACGUAACACACGAAGCUUGGCCCAGCGACAACAGGACGGAUGGCCCGGUGGCUACCACCAGAACGUUUGUUUCUUACAUCCCCCCGGAUGGCGAGAACCGCAAGGUGGUCUAUGGCCACUUCACUUUCGUGAGGAACCCCCUGAGGACCUUCUCUGUGCUAGAGCCGGGGGGCACAGGAGGCUGCCAGGCUCAACGCAGAGCCACCGUGGAAGAGACCGCAAGGCUCAGGAAGUGUCUGGUGGCCCAGAACGGUGGGUACUUCAACAUGGAAACUGGAGAGUGCCUUGGGAAUGUUGUGAGUGAUGGGAAGCUGGUGAGAAACUCUGGAGGCCUGCAGAACGCUCAGUUCGGCAUCCGGAAGGAUGGCACCAUGGUGUUUGGUUACCUGUCGGAGGAAGACGUCUUGGAUCAAGCAAACCCUUUUGUGCAGCUCGUGAGCGGGGUGGUUUGGCUGCUGAGGGAUGGAGAGGUGUACGUCAGCCAGAGCCGCGUGGCUGAGUGCGGGGACGUUCAAACCACAGGAACCUUCGACAGGUUCAUCAACGUGAUCUCGGCCAGGACGGCGGUGGGACACGACAGUCAGGGGCAGCUGGUCCUGGUUCACGUGGAUGGACAGACAGAAUCCAGAGGGGUCAACCUCUGGGAAAUGGCUGAAUUUCUGAAGAAGCAGGGAAUCAUCAACGCCAUCAACCUGGACGGUGGAGGGUCUGCAACACUGGUCUUAAAUGGGACCCUCACAAGCUACCCAUCUGAGCACUGCUCCUUCGACAGCAUGUGGCGGUGCCCGCGCAGCAUCUCCACCGUCCUCUGCGUCCACGAGCCCCCCUGCCAGCCCCCUGACUGCAGCGGCCACGGGCACUGCGUGGCAGGGACCUGCCGCUGCUCCGGGGACUUCUGGAGGGGCCCAGCCUGUGACAUCUUGGACUGUGGCCCUUCCAACUGCAGCCUGCGCGGGGUCUGCACCGACGCUGGAUGCCUCUGUGACGCUGGCUGGACCGGCAGCAACUGCAGCCAAGCUUGUCCCAGUGGUUUCUACGGGGCCGCCUGCGCCCAGAGAUGCCUGUGCCAGAACGGUGGCUCCUGCGACCCCGUGCAUGGGGCCUGCUCCUGCCCGGCUGGGUACCACGGCACCAGCUGUGAGCGAGAGUGUCCCAUGGGCUGGUACGGGCCAAACUGCCGGGAGCAGUGUGUGUGUGAACACUCGUGUCCCUGCGACCGGGAGACGGGCAGCUGCAACGUCACCUUCCCGCCCGCAGUGCAGGAGCAGCUCAACAAAGCUGGGCGGUGUUUGGCUUCCCAGGGUAAGGGAAGGAGCCAAGACAAGUUCUCUCUGUCAGAAAAAACCUGGCUCUCCAUGACCUCUGUCUUGGCUCUGCUGCUGGUGAUCAGCGCCAUGGGCAACGCGGGCCUUCUCCUGAAGGCCAGGUCAGAGAGGCAGCAGGAGAGCGGCGACUAUCUCUACCUGCCGCUGAGGGAGAUGAACGGGGAAGCCGGUCACACCUCCACCUCCUGCCAGAUGGACGAUGCCCAGGACCAGAACCAGGCCCUCCUUCAGAGCCCCGCAUGAGGGGAGAGGAGGAGCUGGUGAGCUGUGCCCGGCUGCACGGGCUGCCACAGAGGUACCACAGCCCGGGCUCCCCUGGGGAAGAGCAGGGUGAGGAGACCCGUGGUGGGACUGGGGCCACCUGGUCUUCAACUAUGGGAUGCCCUGUGCAGCCCCUGGAGCUGCCCUUCCUCCUCCUCCUCCUCCUCGGGAGCCACCCUCAGUACUUCCAACACCCAACAUCCUGAACGUCUCAGCUGGAAAUCAGGCAUUUUACUGGGAUACACCCUCAGAUAUUGCAUUUUAAACCCAAACAAAAACACGUUUGAGUUUGCUUCCACGUGAGGGAAAAGGAGCCUUUAAAUGCUGCAAAAAAAUAAAAAAAAAAAAAGGGGGGGGGAGGGAUGGUUAAAGCCUGUCUGAGCCUCAACGUUACCAUUUUUAUGCACUCAGUUUUUAUCUCUCCACGUAAGGGAUAUGUCAUUUUUGUGCUGCUGUGGGCAUCAAAUCAAACUGUAAAUGGAAGAUUCUAUUUUUCUAUUAUUUACAGAAUGCUAUUUGAAACUUGAAUAAAGUCUAUUGCUAAUAACUGC